AUGUCCGAUACUCUCAAAACGGUCCUCAAUGUUCAGCUAGCCUCCGAAGCUUCCUCCACUGUAAACUUGCCCUACAUUCUGCAGGUGUUAAGCCCAAACUACUUCUCUUCGUCACCUCAUCUCUCAAAAUGGGUUCUUCGCGUCAACUCGUUAUUACAUUCCAAAGAUCCAGGUGCAAAAUGGAGCGGACUGUGUCUUGCACGCGCUACUGCUCUAAAUUGCAGGCAGUUGAUGAUUGAAAACGCUCAGAUGUGGUUGCAGGUGGCAAUACCUCUUCUUUCAAAAAAAGAACCUCCCCCAGUUUUGACGGCCGCGUUAAAUCUCUGCAGAAUUAUUUUCACCUCCGCAACCGACAUUCCCGAGUUCCAGAGACAAGUUUCGACCCCGAAUAUCCCUAAAUUUCUAGCGGCACUCAUUCAACAUUUAGAAAACGCCAACGACGAUCUGGAAUUCAAGGCUUUAGUUUUGAAGACUAUUACGCGCCUUGUUCCUAUCUAUCCCAACAUACAUCGAGCAAGCCAUGGAGGGCUAUCUGCAAUCACACUCAACAUGUUAUUCGAUGCGCCAAGCCAAUCCACCAAGGUUUUGGGUGAUUAUGCCGCUGAAUUACAUGCAGUUCUACAUUUGACUGGCGGAAGAGUGGGAGCAGCCACUCUAUGGAGAAAGUCUAUGGAUGAACGACUCGCCGAUGCCUGGGCCGCUUUUGGCAGGCUGAGGACGAGUUUUUCAGAUGGACAAGCUCCAACUCCAGAUCCUACUUUGCAUCCUUCUGUGUCGGUUACUCUUAAUCUUGCGCGCCUUCGCUCGUCUAUUGUGCUCCUCUCCCAUUUGCUCAAGUCGCCGACCUCUCGACCUGUUCAGGUUCCGAUCGGCCCUCUCGUCAAGUUUGCGAUGACUCUACUAGCUGUUACUGUCGAAGAGCAGACUGAAGAUGAUGUCGUCUCGUCCGUGCGUGACAUGGAGAUGACAGCAAUUCCAUCCAUACGAAAACUCGCGUGCGAGUUUACCAUCUGCCUUGCCAAAUGCAUUACCGACCACCUCACUCCAUAUCUCACUAGAUUGUGCACUUACAUCGCUUUUCAAUUGGAACAAAGACUGAACUCCUCGGAACGACACAGUUUUUUGGAGGCACUGAACGCGUUAUUGACACGCUGUCUUCCUCUAUCAUCUACCGUGGUUUCUACUCGGCUGACGAGAACGGUCUUAUCUAUCGUGAAGGUCAUACUACCCCCUCAGACCGAUACAGGGCAGCCUACAGAUACCCAUAUGGGUACUUCCACAUCAAAAAGGGGAAAGAAACGGGCAAGAGGGUACGAAGGGGAUGAGGUGUUUAAAACCUCAAUGUCGGUCAUUUGUCCGUCCCUUCUUGAAGCGAAAGUUCUACUGGAGGCAUGCGAUGUUCUCCACACCCUUCUACGGAAUCCCAAUGUUUCUUCUAACAUGCACUCAUUGUCAUGUCGUGUUGUUCUCGCCGCUAUAUUGAACUUACCGCGAAUACCGCCCUUAUUGGUAUCGCCCGAUGCUCAAGUUCACCGGCAACUUGUGGAAAGGCUGCAGCAACUCGCGUUGACUCUUAGCGAGGGAACAACGAGUGCAAUGGGGAGAAGCCUAGGAUUGGUGAUGCACGCGUUAUCAACCGUUGACAUCGACGAAGAUACUAUGCAUGGGCUAGAUCUCCUUCUACAUCCCCGACUACCGCCACUUCUUCGAUCCCAACCUCAGGUUGAAGCUCUCUCGCUUUUCCGUAGCGAAGAAAGCGAAGAGGAAGCUGUAGAACGCCAAAGGCUAGGGUUAGAGAUCCAGAUACAAGACCCCUCCGAACUCGCCGCAUCCAGCGGAAACGGGGAUGUUGUGAUGAGGGACGCACCACCACCGGAAACUAUGGCUGUUUCCGGUGCUUCCACCGCUCUCCCACAUCCUACAACCACGGAGCCUCCCGCUACUACUCCUGAUGCCGAAAUAUCUUCACCGGCUCUACAAAUUCCCGACAUUCAAAUAGGCGUGAGAUCUACUGUGGUGCCGCAGCCAGGCGACAACGUCAAAAUAUCCGCUGUCAGCGUGAGUACGCCAGUUGCCAAACAUAUGGAAGCUCAGGCUCUCCGUUUACCGGUAGAGAAUCAGUUGGUCAGCCAAACCCCGCAGGAACGUGAGGAUGAACAUAUGCCUCCCAUCGAUAUUGAUUCAGACAGCGGGUCAGAGUGAGCAAGUGACUGGCCUCUCGUUACAUAUCACCACCCAUGUUGUUUGUAGUUCUGAUUCGUUUCCUUUUGGGUACAACAUGUUCACUGGCAUUCUCGAUGUUCAUAUGAAAGUCGUCGUCCGAUUCUUGGUUUUCGUGGUGCAUCAUACGUCUGCAACUUAUGUAUAAAUACUCUGGCAGGAAAGACCUUGUCUAGAAACGACUUUGCAACAACAUUAUCGGGCUCCAGCUCUGCGGCCCGUUCAAGGUGAGUCCUAGCCUCACGAAGGGUGCCAUCGUUGAAGUGAAAUGCUGAACCCAAUACGUUGAUUAUGGGUCGGAUGGAAUCCAUACAUAAACGCUUACUUUGUUGUCCGUCCUCGAAGUUUUGGGCUAUGUAGAAGCAAAGCAAGCCUGCAUAAGUGUGCAGUACUGGAUUAUCUUGGU